CAUGAAAUAUCCUUUUUUAACUGUGGUCGCAAAAUUUACCAGUCACAUUAAAAAAUAUCUUUGUUCUAUUUUCAGGAAAUGUGUAAAAUGUUCCUGGAGAAAUGAUCGAUACGAAUGUUGAUAGUAAUAUUCAGAAGUCAAAGAAUUUAAUUCCAAUAACAACAUCUUGACAAGGUAGUACAAUGACUUGAAAAUGAAGAACGGAUGUAAAGACAUUUUGGAGGCUAAAGUUGCUGAUCGUAAUGAACGUGCCAAAAAACUUUAUUGCUAUGUUACCGACGUAGCCAGGCGUGUCAGCGAAACCACAACUUCCAGCCGAUCUAUCACUGACCUUUUCGCAACUCAUCUUGAAGUUCAACGUCAAAAACUAAGGGACAAUUGUGAGAAACUACUGUUUUUGGACCCAUUGAACUAUGGAAAAAAAGCAAUUGAACUACUGUGGCGAAAAGUUUACUAUGAAGUUGUUUAUGCUGCAAAAAAAUUGCGUGAAUCUGACAAUGAGUAUGACAGUUACCUAUUCACACAUAUAGUGUGUGGAAUAGGACAUUUUCAUCAUUUUAUCACAAGAAUACAAUCUGAAAUGAAGUUACAUUUUAAAGAAUUAGAUUACAUUCCACUGCAUAAGGAUGAGGAAACAGGAGAAUCAAAUCUAACUCCAGGAGAAGAAGAAUUGCAGUUUGGAAAAUUUGCAUUGCAUUCAUGUUUAAUUUAUCUGGGAGAUCUAAGUCGCUAUCAAGCAGAAAUAUUUCAUACAUUUGAUUCUUCAAUUGCAGCACGCUAUUAUCUCCAAGCUGCACAUAUUGACAUGUCUUCUGGAAUGCCAUUUAACCAAUUAGGUAAUCUAUAUUUAGACAAAAAUUACAAUUUGGACUCUGUCUGUUACUAUAUUCACUGUCUUAGUUGUGCAUCACCUUUUGAUGGAGCUAUGGGCAAUUUGACAAAAAUAUUUGAAAAAAAUUCUCAGUUUUGUGAAACAUUAAAUAUUUCUGAAUCUUUGACACAGACAGAACAUAUUCAAAAUACAAUUGCUAAUUUCCUUUCCUUAAUUGAAAUUUGGUAUUUGGGAAGUAAUGACACAAACAUCCCACAAAGAUGUAAUACUAUUGCUCAUGAACUAAAAAUUGCACUAGAAUUUGAGAAGUCCCCACUGCCUGAUAUGAAUAAAAAUUAUGACGAUUAUGUGCAGGCUAUAGAAGAGGAGAGCAUUAAUCCAUCUUACUUUAAUUGCAAUCUUGUUCAUAAAACAGUUCUUAUAUGUUUGUUGACAAUGUCAAAAAUGAUUGAAACAGAUGAAGCAAAAGCAUUUGCUUGUAAAGCUUUUACUUUGGCUUUGUUAUCACAAUUAUUACAGAAACUAUUACAACAAAUUGAAAGCUUUGGACUUAAAAAUCCAGCUCACAAUUAUAGAACUAAAGUUUUUCAUGCACAACAUUCAAAAUUAGAUGAACAGACAGAAAAGUUGGAAAAACAGGAGUCUGAUGUGGUUGAAAAAGCAGGUGUCAAUGAUGUUAAAAAUACUGUGGAUAGUCAAGAGGAAACUCUUGAAAAGAUAACUGAUAAUAAUGAAAAACUACAAAAUGGUGAUAUAAAGAGUCAUAAUAAUAAAAAGACACCAGCAAAAAGACGUCGUCGAAGACGCUUAGCUUCAUCAGAAAGUUCUGAUAUGACUGAUGCAGAUACAGAAAGUAGUGAAGUAGAUACUGACGAGUCAAAUUCUGAUGAAGAUGAAUCAUCGGACUCCAGCUAUGAAUCUGAAGAUGUUGAUGUUAAAAGUGAUGAUUCAAUGUAUGAUGGUACUGAUACAGAAGAAUGUGAUACUAAACUGAAUGGAGAUGUUGAUAAAGGAGAACUAAAAGAUAUAAAAAAAGAAGAAGAACUCAAUGGAGAUAUUCAAAUAAACUGUUCUAAAUCAAAUGAUAAAAAUGAAGCACUUCAAAUCCAAGAUAUUCAAAAUUUUUUGCUUGGAAAUAACUUUUUACCUAGUAUAAAAUUAUUGCAAGAUUGGAUUCUUACAGAAAAAGAUUUGAUAUUAUCCUGUGGUGAUAGUGGGGAAACUUUAUUUCAGUGUGUGGUAGACUUGCUAAAUAUAUUUUCAUAUUAUUUCAAAUCUAAAAUAGAAUUCUAUGAAAACAAAGACUGUAAAGUACUGAAGUAUGCUAAACAUGUAGCUCAAAAAUUUAUGCUGGAGUAUAAAACUAUACCUUUGCCAGAAGAUGUUAAUUUACGAGGAACAAAUAUUUGUAAAUUUGAUAAAGAUGCUGCAGAAUGGCAAAUUCUAGAUAGGUAUACACCUUCCGUUUAUGAAGAGAACAUUAUACGAAUUUUGAACUUUAUAGAUUUUGGGAAUCAAAUUGCAAAGAUUGUACCACGCAUCAGAUUUAAUAGAUCUAUGAAAAUAUUUUAUUUGAAAAAAACUCAACCUCCUAAGCUUAAUACUAAAAUUAACCAGAAGAGAAGCAGGGAAUGGCACAAUUCUAAAAAACAUAUGGAGGCAGGGGGCGGCGGAACUAACGCCGCGGCCGGGGGAACUAGCGGGCUGCUGCGGCGAUUGGGUCGGCUCUGGCUGGCGUCGCAGGUGCGCGAGUUAGAACGCAGCGGCCGCGCCGCCGCCGCCGCCGCGCCCGCGCUGCUCGUGCUCGACUCUGCCGCGCUCAACAUCCAUCUGCGCAAAGUUAAACACCUACUUCGCGCGCGCAACUUUAUUCUACUUAUUCCAUCUGUCGUGCUACAAGAACUUGACAAUUUGAAACGUGAACAGAGCACAGCGCGCGACGCCAUCCGUUGGCUCGAGAUCCAACUAAAAAGCGGAUCACGGUUUUUACGUGCUCAACGACCUGGUCAAUCGAGGCCAUUACCAUUGCUCAAAUAUCCUCGCAAAGCACCUCCACACGUUCAUAACUAUAUACAGAUAUUGGAAUUUUGCAACCAUUUCAUAGCAGAUGAGAAACAAGGCCAGGGAGGUAAUGGCGACCCCGAUAGCACGGUUCAAGGGAAAUCGACACCGUUGCUUAUAUUACUAGUAGGCAACGAGCCCAGCAUCGACGAACAACACAAGGAAUUCAGUUUGACAGGUGCAGCUCAAGCAGCUGCAAUAUCUGUGGAACACAUCGGCGAUUUCUAUACAAAAUGGCGUCAAAGCGUUCAUAAGAAUGGCAAGAAGAGAUGAACAAAUUUUCAUUGAAUUGAGGUUUUGACUGCAGAGAAAAGAAUGGACAGCGACGCUCUUCACUUGCAAUUGCGAAUUGAAUCAUCUCGGUCAGAAAGACCAUGAUUGAUAUUAUUGCGCAAUUACGUUGAGCGUAUGUCAUAAAGUAAUAUCGUAACAAAUAUUUCGGCUCACGAUAAGUCGAUGAUAAUAACGAUUUCUGAUCAUUAUCAAUGGAUGUCAAUGAAAUGUUUAUAUUGUAACAUUUAUUAUCACUACGAUCAUCUAUUUUUUCAUAAAUUCAUUAUUUAUCAUCUAUUGUCUACAUGGUAUGUGUAAUUACCUGUCCACAUUUCGGGGAUAAUUAUCAUUUUCUGAGUUCAGUCAUCAUUAUUUUAGUUACCUACAUAAUUCAUCUAUCAUCUAUAGGUAUCAAAUGUAUUGGGCUCUAAGUUUCGUACUUUGGUCUUGUAUAUUUGGUUUCUUUAUUCGGAAAUAUAAUUUUCAUUCUUUAAAUAAAUAUGUUGUUACAGUAA